AGAGGUAGAACCAAACCCACAUUUGAUUAAAAUAAAUAAAUAAGGGGGGGGCGGAGAGACUUUAAAAGGAGAAUCCAGAGGUGGAUCAACAGCAGCAUCGCUGGAAGUAAUUCAGGAUCCUUCCGGCCCUGGGGAGUGGAGUCUAAAGAACAGCCUAAUUUCUUAAGAGGAGGGGGACUCAGGGCUUGGUGCCCCCCCCUUCCCUUCCUACCCAGCAUGUUCUGAGCCCACUCUGAGUGCUUGUUUUUCUCAUGAAGCCAAAUCCGCUUUCCGAAAACCACCAUGCACCAGCGUACCACCUUCCAUACGGUCCUUUUCGCCUGUGGGAAAACCUUUUGACUUCCAGAUUAAAAUCCCUUGCAACGCUUUCAUUAUUUUUAAAUUAAAUUCUCCAUUGUGCAAGGGACUUCCGGUUUAACGUUGCCAAAACACGGGACGCUCUCUGCUUGGGGUAGGUUGAAACCCCUACCCCACAAAAAAAACAACCCAACGUAUUGACUUGCUCUCCUUCGCCAAACCGCCAUCAUGUCGGCCAGUCCCGGACCUUUCUUGGUGUGGGUCCAAGAAGUGGCCUCUUUGCUCAUGUUGCGAGUGCGUCGCACAGUUCUGCAGACGGCUAUUUUGUUCUGCGUUUUGCUCCUCCUCCUCUGGAUCUCCAUUUUCCUCUACGGCAGCUUCUAUUACUCCUACAUGCCGACGGUCAGCUACGUCAGCCCUGUCCACUACCAGUUCAGGACAGACUGUGGCCAGCCCGGACCUGAACUCUGCUCCUUUCCUGUUGCCAACAUUUCGUUCAUCAAGGACAGCCGAGACCAGCAGGUUCUUAUGUACGGCCAACCUUACCGCAUGUCCUUGGAGUUGGAACUACCGGAAUCACCGGUCAACCAGAAUCUAGGCAUGUUUAUGGUAGUGAUUUCUUGCUACACCAAAGGAGGCCGGAUCAUUUCUUCUUCCGCUCGGGCUGCCAUGUUGCACUACCGUUCGGGAUUGUUACAGAUGCUCGACACGCUGGCUUUCUCCGGCCUCUUCCUAGCUGGGUUUACAGAACAGAAACAAACGGUGGACGUUGAACUGUACUCCGAUUACAAAGAAGAUUCGUAUGUUCCCACCAUUGGGGCAGUGAUUGAAAUCCAAACGACUAGAAUUCAGAUUUAUGGGGCACACCUUAGAGUUCACGCACAUUUCACUGGUUUGCGGUAUCUCCUGUACAAUUUCCCUGUCACGUCGGCCAUUUUGGGAGUCGCCAGCAAUUUCAUGUUCCUCAGCGUCAUCGUCCUUUUCAGCUACCUGCAGUGGAUCUGGGGCAGUCUGUGGCCUAAAGAAACUCUCUCUGUGCAGAUCCCAGGCCGGGACAAAUCUGGACCGGGGCAAACGUUGGAUGACUCACGUCGACAAGUUGUGUUUCCUAAAGAAGGAGGCGACGUAGAAGAAGACACUUCCCUGCCGCAGCCAGAAGACGUCGGAGUUGCGGAAGGAGAGAAAUCGUCCAAGGCAGAGUCUGCGACGGAGGUGAAGAAAAGUAGCCUUGAAAAAUCCAAUUUGGGAACGGAAUCCAACGUGGGCGCCGGCUCAAACGAAGAGGCAGAAUACGACAUUCCGGACGAGACACCCCUGCUUACCGAGGUCAACCAUCCUACCCCUUCCUCGGAGGGGAACGGCUCGGAUCUGCUACCCCCCAUGUCCCGGACGCUCACGCUCGGCUCGGAAGUCCGCCAGAGAAGCAGCUGUUCCAGCUCCUGAGUUCUGGGUUCAAGUCCCGCCAGGAAGCUCCAACUUGCACUCACCGGGAGCCCACCCCACAGGCCUUGCUGUCCUGAGGGCUUGUAUGUUAUUUCUUUGCUUAUGUUUACAUUCCACUUCCUUCUCCUCACAAACACACGAAACACUGUAAGUUAAAUAAAAGUUGAACGGCGAGU